CAAUCAGAUCUGAAAAAUAUGUGAUCGGUCAAAACAAUUGGGCUGCUUGUGUAAACGCAGCCUUAGUUCCUCUAAUCACCAUCACUGUCAGUGACAGUUAGGUUCAGGAAAUAACACAAAUGGGCACAGGCAGCUAAAGGUAGAUGUUCCAGAGUCGUCUGAGCCAAGCAGCGAUUGACAGUCUGUGUGUAGGCUAGAUCAACAGGAAGGACAGUACGGUCAUUGAAGUUCAAGUGAAACCCAGGUGUAAAGGAGACUCCACUCUGCCAGAAUGACAGAUGCUCAGAACUACUCCAUGCCCACAGAGUCUCAGGAUGCCCUGAACUCUAACCUGCCACCCCCUUACCCCCAUGGGGAAACUCAAGUGGACCCCAUGCCACCAUACAUACCACCCCCCUGCUCUGCAGCUCCAGCCAUGUAUCCUCCAUCCCUCUACCCCCCAGUCCUGUACCCACCACAGGCAGGGGUAGACAUGGGAACUCUCCCCCCUGGAGAGUGUAACCCUUUGGGAGAGCCAGGAUCUUCUUCACCAGAGGCAGACGCCGCCCUAUUGGUGUCAUCUUUUGAUGACAAGACCAUAAGGAAGGCGUUUAUCAGAAAGGUGUUCAGUGUCGUGACCCUGCAGUUGCUGGUGACCUUCAGCAUCGUGUGUGUGUUCACGUUCUCCAGUGUGGUGAGGGCGGCGGUGCAGAGCAACAUCUGGAUCUACCUCAGCUCAUACAUCCUGUUUGCUGUGGUGGCCAUCUCCCUUAGCUUCUCCAAUUCCUUCAGCAGAAGCCAUCCCUGGAACCUGGUGGGACUGUCAGUGGUCACUCUCACCCUAUCUUACUUGGUCGGCACUGUGGCUUCAUUUCACAAUACCACUGCUGUAGUCAUCGCCAUGGGAGCAACAGUGGCGAUCUCCUUCACCAUCAUCAUCUUCUCAGCCCAGACUCGAGUGGACUUCACAAUUUGUAAUGGCAUCCUGCUGGUGCUGGCUGUGGACCUUCUCAUGUUCAGCUUCUUCUGCUGUUUCUUCUACUCCAAUGUGCUGCAGAUAGUCUACGGAUCUCUGGGAGCCCUGCUCUUCUCACUGUUCUUGGCGAUUGACUGCCAGCUGGUGAUGGGCAGGCAGAAGUACGCUCUAGAUCCAGAGGAGUAUGUGUUUGCUGCCCUGAUCCUGUACCUGGACAUCAUUAACAUCUUCCUCUAUCUGCUCAUCAUAAUGGGAGGCUCCAGCAAAUAGUCAACACCUGGAAGAAACCUACAAUGACACACAUAUGUAGCUAUAGUCCUUAGCACUCCAAACUAAAGCUGGGCAAUAUGGACAAAAAUCCAUAUCGCGAUAAAUUGCAUGAAUUGAUGCGAUAACGAUAAAUAGAACGAUACGUUUAUAACAAUGUGCGCCAUUCUUUUUGUAUCCUUUAAAACUACUACUACUAGUUUGAUGGUUGUAGUCAUCAAUUGUCCCAUUAACAAUCAUCCAUAUUAGCAAACUUAUUUAAUUUCAAACAUCACAUUUCUUGAGCCUUUUGGUCCAGGCUUGUAAGGGGGCCCAAGAGGCACAAAAAAAAAGGAAAUACAUACAGUAUAUAUAUAUAGGUAAAAUAUACAUAUUUUUUACUACAUCCACCAAACACAGGAGGACUCAGGAGCCUGCUCUCAAUGAAUUUAGACAUCCUUCUGCCACUCUGCUAAUCAUCAGAUGGGGGAAGAGAGGAAGUAGGGGGCCCACAUGUGUAAAACACUUUAGUUGCCCCGCUACACAUUUUGCCAUGGGGCGGAGAGUCAUUUUUGCAGUUUUAAAGCUCAUUACCUGCAAUUCUACACAUUUUGCCAUGACUUAUGCCAUGUUAAUGAUAUCUCAGUGAGAGUGAAUAACAAAAUCAAAGGAGGCCCCCAGGAGGUCAGGGCCCCUGGGCAUGUGCCCUGCAUGCAGCCAUGAUUAUUACAGGAUUUAGAUUAGAUAGUCUAGCCAGCUAACUUGUCUAAAAAGUGUUAGCUGACAUGGCUUAUUGAAUGCCUGUCAGUAAACUGUUUUCCAUCCAAUUAUUUUUUUUGCGAGAAAAAUACGUCACAUAAAACAUUUUAUGACAGGCCUGAUGGAAACAGCAAAUUUGUUGGUAAACUUUCCAAAUGUUGACUAAACUAAAUACGCUAGACAAGGUGGGAUCUUUUUGUGUCGGUAAAAUUAAUAAUGCGCGAAAUGGCAGUGGAAACUCUUUUAAGCACAAAUAUAAUAACCAUCAUAUCGAUGUAGACUUGAAGUCAUGCGAUGACAUGUUGUGUUAUUCUCCCACUACGACUUGGGAAACCAUGCAGUUUAUUAGGCAACAGGUGAAAUAAAUUCUGAUGAACUUUACAGGGUGGUGAAAGUGCAAGGUGAUGAGCUUUAUGCUCCUUUCCAAUAAAUAUAAUGGUUCUUAUUCUGGUGACAUGAUGACAGAUGCUUAGCUGCCAUUUGACAAAUAAAAUAAUCUUGCUCUUUAGUCCAUAUUAAUAACAUCAUGUAGGCUACACACACAUUGUAUAUACAGUGCAUUCAGAAAGUAUUCAGACCCCCUUUUUCAACAUUGUUACGUUACAGCCUUAUUCUAAAAUUGAUACAUUUCAUUUUUUCCCUCAACUCUACACACAAUACCCCAUAAUGACAAAGAGAAAACAGUAUUUUGUUUAUGCAAAUUUUAAAAAAAAACAAAAAAAAACAGAUACCUUAUUUACGUAAGUAUUCAGACCCUUUGCUAUGAGACUUGAAAUUGAGUUCAGGUGCAUCCUGUUUCCAUUGAUCAUCCUUGAGAUGUUUCUACAACUUGGGAGUCCACCCGUGGUAAAUUAAAUUGAUUGGACAUUAUUUGGAAAGGUACACACAUGUCUAUAUAAGGUCCCAGAGUUGAAAGUGUAUGUCAGUGCAAAAACCAAGCCAAGAGGUGGAAGGAAUUGUUGGUAAAGCUCCGAGACAGGAUUGUGUGGAGGCACAGAUCUGGGGAAGAGUACCAAAAAGUGUCUGCAGCAUUGAAGGUCCCCAAGAACACAGUGGCCUCCAUCAUUCUUAAAUGGAAGAAGUUUGGAAGGAAACUGAGCAUUUGGGGGAGAAGGGCCUUGGUCAGGGAGGUGACCAAUAACCUGAUGGUCACUCUGACAGAGCUUUAGAGUUCGUCUGUGGAGAUGAGAGAACCUUCCAGAAGGACAACCAUCUGUGCAGCACUCCACCAAUCAGGCCUUUAUGGUAGAGUGGCCAGACGGAAGCCACUCCUCAGUAAAAGGCACAAUACAGCCCGCUUGGAGUUUGCCAAUAGAUUCUCUGGUCUGAUGAAACCAAGAUUGAACUCUUUGGCCUGAAUGCCGAGCUUCACGUCUGGAGGAAACAUGGCACCAUCCCUGCAAUGAAGCCUGGUGGUGGCAGCAUCACGCUUUGGGGAUGCUUUUCAGUGGUAGGGACUGGGAGACUAGUCAGGAUCAAAGGAAAGAUGAACGGAGCAAAGUACAGAGAGAUCCUCGAUGAAAACCUGCUCCAGAACACACAGGACCUCAGACAGGGGCGACGGUUCACAACAUUAAGCACACAGCCAAGACAACGCAGGAGUGGCUUCGGGACAAGUUCCUGAAUGUCCUUGAGUGGCCCAGCCAAAGCCCCAAACUUGAACCCGAUCAAACAUCUCUGGAGAGACCUGAAAAUAGCUGUGCAGCGACGCUUCCAACCCAACCCGACAGAGCUUGAGAGGAUCUGCAGAAAAGAAUGUGAGUCACUCCCCAAAUAUAGGUGUACCAAGCUUGUAGCGUCAUACCCAGGAAGACUCGAGGCUAUAAUCACUGUCAAAGGUUCUUCAACAAAGUACCGAGUAAAGUGUAUGAAUACUUAUGUAAAUGUGAUAUCAGGUUUUUAUUUUUAAUACAUUUGCAAACAUGUCUAAAAACCUGUUUUUGCUUCGUCAUUAUGGGGUAUUGUUUGUAGAUUGAGAUUUUUAUUUUAUUUAAUCCAUUUUAAAAUAAGGCUGUAACAUAACAAAAUGUGGGGAAAAAAUCAAGGGGUCUGAAUACUUUCCCAAGGCACUGUAUAUACCUUGUUUGUAUUAAUUUGUAUUUAUUAGGGAUCCCCAUAUUCCUGGGGUCCAAACACACCAAAACACCCACAUUUCAUAUAAAACAGUGAACUGUUUGUACUGAAUGAGCUAAAGAUAAAACAUCAUACAACAUCACUACACCACCACACAAAAUGUUCAAUACCACCAUACAGCAAUAUUACAAUGUGUGCAUAUGCAUGUGUCUGUACCUUUGUGUGUGUCUCUUCACAGUCCCCGUUGUUCCAUAAGGUGUAUUUUUACCUGCUUUUUAAAUCUGAUUGCUUGCAUCAGUUACCUGAUGUGGAAUAGAGUUACAUGUAGUCAUGGCUCUAUGUAGUACUGUGCGCCUCCCAUAGUCUGUUCUGAACUUGAGGACUGUGGAAGAGACCUCUGGUGGCAUGUCUUGUGGGGUAUACAUGGGUGUCCGAGCUGUGUGCUAUUAUUUUAAAACAGACAGCUCGGUACCUUCAGCUUAUCAACACCUCUUACAAAAACAAGUAAUGAUGAAGUCAAUCUCCACUUUGAGCCAUGAGAGAUUGACAUGCAUGUCAUUAAUGUAAGCUCUGUGUACUUUUAAUGGCCAGCCGUGCUGCCCUGUUCUGAGCCACUUGCAAUUUUCCCAAGUCCCUCUUUGUUGUACCUGACCACACUACUGAACAGUAGUCCAGGUGUGACAAAAUUAGGGCCUGUAGGACCUGUCUUGUUGAUAGUGUUGUUAAGGAGGCAGAGCGGCACUUUAUUAUGGAAGGACUUCUCCGCAUCUUAGUUACUGUUGUAUCAAUAUGUUUUAACCAUGAUAGUUUACAAUCCAGGGUUACUCCAAUGUUAUUAGCCAACCUCUUUCUCUCUCUAUUGUUGCUUCAUUCCUUCCGUGCUUUCAACAGUUAAAUGAAAUCUGUUUCGUUGUCCUUAUUUUUAUAAUUCUAAUGACAUCCUUGAAUAACAUAGGACUAGAAUUCGAUGCAGAAUGUUUUCACUUCUCCUUAUGAAGAUUGAAUGGUUAUGGGUCUGAAUAAAUAACUGCUAUAGCCUACCGCCA